AUGGGUUCUAACCUGCCAUAUGCCGCCGACGCUGAAAGCCCGCUCAAGCAAGCAGAGCUCCAGGUCUUGCGGUCGCAGUACGAAAAGGAAGGUGAUUAUGUUGGAAUUCAGACCAAGUUCAACUACGCCUGGGGUUUGAUCAAAUCCAACGCCCGUACGGAUCAACAGGAAGGAGUCCGCCUGUUAUCAGAGAUCUUCCGCGCCGCCCCAGAGCGUCGACGGGAAUGCCUCUACUAUCUCGCCCUCGGGAACUACAAACUUGGGAACUAUGGCGAAGCCCGACGAUACAACGAUCUCCUGCUCGACAAGGAGCCCGCCAACCUCCAAGCAGCCAGCCUCGGAACCUUGAUCGAUGAAAAAGUGUCCAAGGAAGGAUUGAUGGGAAUUGCGAUCGUGGGUGGACUGGCUCUCGCUGCAGGUGUGGUGGGAGGAAUCGUGUUCCGGGGAGCAUCGAGACGAUAG